UCGAUCUGGGUCGGCUCUGCAGUUGUCAAAUAGAAAGUGUACUUUAUCUAAGAUGGUCAGUUUUUGCAAAAUGCCGUUUGCUGUUUGCCUUGUGGUCUUCUUGUCGAUUCUUUAUCUCACCUCAUGAUUGAAUGGCAUGGUCAUGUGACCAUAUCGGAUUAUCUUGUCCUCCGAAACAGCCUCUUGUUCUCGUGCAGAGUUUGCAUUGUCUGUCCUCUCUUCAAACCGCGCAAACAGCGUCAUCUAGCUACUAUCUGAUUGAUUCAAUCAACUUAUCGCGAUUCGCGCGAAAAACAUAUAGUGGGAAGCUUCAACUCCCUGAUCUCUGUCCACCUAUUGAUCCUGUCGCUUCCCAAGCUUCCUUGUCGCCUCGUCAGCGGGCGGCGACUCUGGCUGAAGCGAGCUCACACAUCGCAAGGGGACGAGAGCUUUACAAUUCGCGCGAAACGGUCAUAGGUUGCCUAGCUAUGGCCAGAUCUUUUUGAAGGAGAUUUUUCCUAUACGAAUCUAUUUUCAUUCGCGACCGCUUUGUCUUCCCGACGUACUCGAAAAGGAUACUCAUUCCCUCGGUCCACGAAGACUGCCGUUCAGAUUGCGAAACAGAUUAUCAAUCGCAGCAUUCCGU